AUGGUUCGAUCACAUGCCUAUUUGGAUAUUUCCAUAGCUGAGAAACCUAUAGGAAGAAUAGUGGUUCAACUAUAUGAUGAUUUAGCUCCUAAAUCCACCGAAACCUUUCUAAGUCUCAUCAAAGGUACUACUAUCAAUGAUAAAUUUUAUUCCUAUAAACAUAAUAUAUUCCAUCGAAUUUUAAAGAACUUCGUAGUUCAAGCUGGUGAUGUGAUCUAUGGUAUGUCAGAUAAUAUCGAUGAAUCAAACAUUGGGAAAGGAUCUAUCUUAAAAACCAUCCCUGAUGAAAAUCUUACUGAAGCAAUCGAUGCUCCAUUCAAACUUUGUAUGGCUCAUGAACCUAACGUGACUAAUGCCAAUGGAUCUCAAUUCUUUAUAACUUGUUUCCCUCAACCUCAUUUAACAGGCCAACAUUCCGUGUUUGGUCAAGUCAUCCAUGGGAAAUCCGUCGUGCGAGAAAUGGAACGAGUCAAUACCAACAAGUUAAAUAUCCCUCAAGAUCAAGUUUUAAUUUCUGAUUGUGGUGUAUGGGAUGAAACUAUGGAUGUACCGGUUUUCAAUGCAAGUUAUGAUCCUAUCGGAGGGGAUAUAUAUGAAGAACAUCCUGACGAUGAUGAACAUAUCGAUAAAGACUCAAGUGAAUCUGUAUAUAUUGCUGCUUCAAUCAUAAAAGAAAGUGGAACUUUACUUUUUAAACAAGGGAAGAAACAAGAAGCGUAUUUGAAAUGGAAGAAAUGUAUUCGAUACAUUAUGGAAUAUAUUCCUGAUGAAGAUCAAGAGAAAGAAUGGUAUGCGAAAUAUAUCGAAUUAAAGAAGAAAACUUAUUUGAAUGUGAGUCUUGUAUGUUUACAAUUGAAGAAUUAUAAACAAUCCUUGAAUUAUUGUGAUUAUUUAUUAGAUAUGCCAUCAUCGUUAUCGACUUCUGAAUCAGCAAAGAUCAAUUAUAGAAAAGGAUUGAAUCUUAUACAAUUUAAGAAAUAUAAACAAGCUUUGAUUAAUUUGAAGGUGGCUCAUGAAUUAUUACCCUCUGAUGAAUUAAUUAAACGAGAAUUCGAAAAAUGUCAAUCAUUAAUUGAUCAAGAGAAAUUAGCUGAAAAGGUUAAAUACGCUAAAUUUUUUAGUUAA